AAGCCACCGAGCCCUUCAACGAUUACUCCAGAAGCUGGAACUUCAAAUUCUGAGUUUGCAAUGUCUCGGGUCCUAUUCCCUCGCUUUCAUCUCACUGAGAUCGAAGACACAUCCUGGUGUCCAUCUUGGCUUCGUGACCACGCUCAUGCAUCCCUUGCUCGCCUAUGGCAAAUCAAAUCCCGAAGAGGAUAUUCCCUCGCUACACAAGCAUGCAACAUCCUUCUUGACUCCGUCGGUGGCAUCGGCGCUGCCGCUGAAUUUACUUUUGUAGAUUCCUGUGCUGGUGCCGGAGGUCCAACCCCGUAUUUUGAGAAGUACAUCAACAAGCAAUUGGAGGCAGGCGGCCACACUCCAGUGCGAUUUGUUCUGACUGAUUGGGCGCCAUACCUCGAGGCUUGGCAGUCACUUUCCGCGCAGAGCAUGAAUAUAUCGUAUAUUGAAGAACCUAUCGACGCGUCUAAGGCUGUGAGGAUCGCCGGACCGGAAAAGAAGGAGUGCCGGAUUUUCAAUUUAUGCUUCCAUCAUUUCGAUGACCCAGAGGCCGAGAAGGUUCUUCGAAGCGCCAUAGAAUCUGCAGAUGCGUUCCUGAUCUUCGAAAUCACACAUCGCACUCUUCCCUCGAUCAUAUAUACCGCAACUGCUUCCUUGUUCGGCGCAUUGAGUACCACCUGGAUAGAAUACUGGUGGUCCCCUUUCCACUUGAUUUUCACAUAUCUCAUCCCCUUAUUUCCGAUAUAUUACGUUUUCGACGGCGUUGUUUCUUGCAUCAGAGGGCGAACGCCCGAAGAAACAUUUAAUCUCAUUCGCCGUCAGCGCGAUUUGGAUUUGAGUGAAUGGACAUUUACUAAUGGCGAGGAGGUCGUGUUGCCACCGCUUGGUACGCUGUUUUGGUAUUGUGGGCUGAAGAAAAAGGCACAGGAGGAGUCUUCGUAGAUUCUGUUUUGAAGCUAGUUAGUAUAGCUACGUAUCUCAGGCCUAUUCGAUAUUUUAUUGUCAGCUUAGAAAUUUGGCUAGUCCGGAGGUUUCAUAAUCGAGAAUGUAAAAUUUCUUUUCAGGAGGCAAAUUUUAC